AAAUUGAGAAAGAGAAAGAUGGACAGCUGACAGAAGCCCGUCGGUUGGAUUGGAUAUUUUGGGUGGUUUACUCUCUCAGUCUCUCUGUUCCCAUGACGACAGAGCAAAAGAGGAAAACUAGAAACUAAAAACAAAAACAAAGAAGAAAAGUUUCCCUGGUUCCAUACGGAUUGGGUUUGGCCCCUGGUUUUGCCAUUCCUUCCAUACAGUCCUUCCCCCCAUUACCAUGUUCUCCAUCACCUGCCGUUUCCCCCUUACCUUCUUCCUUUAUAUUCUUCUUCCACCGCCAUUUCCAACUUGGUUAUAUCCAUUUUCCAAUCCUCCUACCCCCUUUUCUCGAUUCCAGAGCCAAAAUCCCCAGUUUCUUCUAUCUCUAACCAGAAUUCCAUUCCCCACUAGCUUGACCCACUCCAAAGUUGCAGUCUUUAAUCUCCCCCUCCUUCUGGGUUUCGCGUUCCCAAUCAACCCUUUACUUCUGAGAUUUGGGUUUGUUGUCGGAGAAGGAGAAAGCACCCGUUUUUUCCCUCCGUUUUAGCUAGCAACUGUAAUGACGAUUGAAGCUGUAGCAGAGGCGAGGAGCGACCCCAUAGCUAGGCAAGUGAAGAGGGUUGGAUAUGCGGGGCGGAGAGUUGUGGAGAGAAGGAGAGGCUGUAAGAAGAAGGUUAAGAGGUCAUCAUCGCCACCUCACGGCUCUUCAAAAUCAGUGACGCUCCAGAAUCUCUUCCAGUCUUGUAAAGACGUGUUCAAAGGUCCUGGCACGAUUCCUCUGCCACCUGAUGUGGAUAGACUGUGCCACAUACUUGACAAUAUGCAGCCAGAGGAUGUUGGCCUAAGCAGCAAGUUGCAGUUCUUUAACCCUAAUAAUAAUAAUGCUCUAGUCGUCCAAGGCACUGUUAAUCGUCCUAGAGUCAAAUACACCACCAUUUACAAAUGCACCAACUUCUCUUUGUGCAUUUUCUUUCUCCCUGCUGGUAGUGUCAUCCCACUCCACAACCAUCCAGGAAUGACAGUCUUCAGCAAACUCUUGCUAGGAGAAGUCCACAUCAAAUCUUACGACUUAGUUGGCUGCCAGCCGGCUUCGAGUUCUAAACUGAGGCUGGCGAGGUUGGUAGCAGAUAAGGUCUACCAAGCUCCAUGCGAUACGUCGGUACUGUAUCCAACAACAGGAGGCAACAUUCAUCAGUUUGUAGCAGUUACUCCUUGUGCGAUGCUCGACGUGCUCGGUCCUCCCUAUUCCAUGGAAGAUGGCCGGGACUGCUCUUACUACCGGGAUUUCCCUUACCAAGACUUCUCCAGGAAUUGGGAAGGGGAAGAGGGAAUGUUGAUGACAGAAGAGGAAGGCAGAGGGUAUGGAUGGUUGGAAGAGGUUGAAAUGCCCGAGGAUUCACAAAUGGAUGGGAUUGAGUAUUUAGGUCCGCAGGUUGUUGAGAAUGGAACAUGUUUCUGCUGAUUGAAUAGCCUGAAAUGGUGUCUUCUUUUCUUUGGUCAUGUUGGGGGUCUCCAUUCUUCUGUUUCUCCUGCAUGUACCUUUUGCAAGCUAGUUAGAGAGAGGAUCAAAAUAGAAACAGCAAAAAGAAAAGAGUUGCUCCUUUUUUCUUCUUCUUCUUCUUCUUCUUCUUCUUCUUGUUUGGGUGUACAGUUUGGGAAGUUGGUUUAGGGGGCUGGUCCUAGAGAAAGAGAGGCAUGACAUGAGUCAUUCAUGUCCUGUGACCUGUAGUGUGAAUCUGACCACGACUUAAGGCAUCUGUUUGUGACUUUUCCCCAUAGAAUUUGAGGAUGGUUUCUGAAAGAGAAGCCCCAGUUAUCUGUCUCUUCAUUGCUUUGUGUCAUUGUGUGUCUUUGUGGAGAGUGGAGACGGAUUA